AUGGAUGAGGUCAUCAGCGUCAUAUUGAAGUGCAUCACGCAGCUUGGACGCCUCGUAGAUGGCCCUGCUGCCGACUUGAGUGGGAAAGCGGCGUCCAUCACAAUCGACACGAUAGGGAAGUGCAUUGCCGAUCAUGCAUACUUGUUCAUUGGCCAGAAAAUGAACGGCCAGCGCGUAUGGGAGCUUGUAUGUCCAACGCCAAGCACUAUCAGAGAGCCACAUGCAGCGAAGUGGACUCUCCUCUCGCUCUUUCACCGCCUUGCCGAUGCAGUGGCGGCCUCCUCCCGUGCGCCUGAGGCAGACAUUCUGAAACCCCUUGUGAAGCUGCUGUGUUACGCUGUGAAGCCACCGCUCGUGUUAGGUGCGUCACCUGGGCAACUGCGGUGCCUCUUUGAGGCCGCGAUGCGCUUGCUGAGGACGCUACUUCCAUUAAAGAAACACACGGAUGCGCUGGCGGAGUGCUUGCAUCUCCUGCUCGCGUUGAUGCAACCGUCAAACUUGCAGGAAGCGCAUUGCGCGGUGGUUGCCUCGGGGGAUGAGGCGGCACAGGUGGCCAAGAUGUGCACAGAUGUCUGCGGAGCCAAGCACAAUGUCGCGCUUCGGCCGCAGAACGCCUCUAUGCGACUACUGGGGUGUCUGUGUGAACAACCAGAGUAUGCGCGCGCCCUAAGCCGGCAGCUCGUGGAAAGAAUUCUGAAAUGCUUCCUCGAUGUUGCGAGGUGUCUAACUCAGCAGACAGAAGUGAAUCAAACCCUUGGAGAGGGCCUUCUACGGGGUCUGGUUGGGUUCCUGGGCACUUUUCCGCUCCGCUGCAAAGAGGAUGCCUCUGUCUUGACACUCAUUAACAACAUCGUACUCAGCGCGCUGAUGCUGGGCGAAACGUCGACCAACUACAUGUUCUGUCAUUCAGCACUGUUCCUGCUUCGUCGCCGAGCCUCCGACACCCUCGCCCCCUUCAUACUGCUGUGCGCCGCUGAGUACGGUGCUGCUCUCAAGGCGCUGUGGGUGCACCGAAACAAGGAUGUGCGUCGAGAGUCGCACGCGGCGGUGGCGGCGUUCUGGUCCACGCUGAGCUCACAGCUGCUGCAGCGCCACUCAUCAGAGGUGGUGGGCACGAGUACCACGCAUAACACAGACGAAUCACACAAACUUCACCGCAUUGUGGAGACCCUCCUGCGGUCCUUGGACUCCAGCGCGGAUCGGGAAGCCUCUUAUGCCCUGGAAGCCCUGUAUCACCUGCUCCCCGCCGUGGCAGCGCUAAGUGAUACUCAGACACUGCAGACGAUGAGCACACGACUCGAGGAGCGUGUAGGGUCUCUGCUGGCCCCCACGUCUGCAGUGCAGACGGAGGCGUUGUUUCGGCAGGCGCCGUACCUUCUCGCCACCCUUGGGCAGCUGUUGAGGCUACUGCCAUCGGUGUCGCCGCGGCAGCAGACAAUGGUGCGGGAACUCCUGGACUGGAUCCUUCUCCUCUACCCGCACCCGAAGUUCUACGAUCGGGAGAAGACGGUGCCGGGUAUCAUGGUUGUCAUCACAGCUCUUAUGCACCACCCAUACACACCCCACAGUACCCUGCCACGCCUGCUAAGCGAGCGUACCCUUGAGCUUGUGGGAGAGGCACCAGGUGCAGCCAUGAUGAGGCUUGCUGGGGAGUGCAUCUCGUGUGAGGAGCGGUUGGACUACAUGGCAACACUGUGGACGAAGCUCUUGACAUCAUGCGAAGAAUUUGUCCCAGAAACCGAGACAGAGUCGAAGCAGCGCCUCUCUAUCGCCUUUUACCGCGCUUGUAGAGACUUUUGCGAGAGGACCCGGCUGGAAGUGGUGGUCGUGGCGAGCAACAGGGAGGCGACACUGGAGCAAAUUUUGGUGGACGGCCCCGAUGGAAUGCAGCCUCGCUUCCCAACGCAGUACAGCGCAUUUUUGAGUCUUGUGGACUUCUUUGUCCGACUCAGCGAGGGUCUCAGACUGUCUGACCGCGUUUGCCACCUACCAGCAGGAGAAAUGACGCUGUGGCUGGAAGCGCUGGUGCGUGGCGCCAGUGCCGCACCGCACGUCUCCGGCUUUUACACGCUGCUCCACCGCACCCUUGUGGGUGAGGGAAUGUGCCCACACUUAUCGAGACGUGCGCGACCCUGCAUGGGUGCCUCACUAGUGAGUGGCAGCUCGGAUAUCACCAGCGAUGGCCACCACCACGAUCACCCAUGCGUCUCACCGCCCCUUCGCCGUUUUUUUAACAUCGAAUCCCUGCGAUUGUUGUAUGUCUACAGCGAUGAGCUGCUCUACCAGUGUGCCAUGUGCGUGUUGAUUGGUGUGGCGCUUGUAGGAAGUGAAGAGCGGGGUGAGAUGAUCGGUAGUCGCGCCCGAGCACGCGACGACCGCCGCCUCGAUGCGUAUGUGCGCGCCUUCAAGGUCGUCUUAGCGCCCACGCCGACACCACUGCAUGACGAAAUCCCCACCGGCGGCGCGAAUGACGCCCUUUACAGUUUCAGCAGCAGCCCCGCUAUGCUUGAGAGUAACCGGCAGUAUGCCCUGCGCGUGUUGGACAGUAAAUUGUGCCAUUCGCCUCGCUGGGCAGCUGUAGUGCUGCCGGCACUCACGACCGCCUUGCACUCCACGGAGGUGGCGACUGCCGUGCGAGCCUCCGUGCAGAUGUUGGCGGCACGGCACGGUAUCACCAUCGCCGCAGAACUGCAGCAUCGCAGCAGCAAGGCUACCUUCGCCCUGCUCUGCAGCGGCGAGCGAGCCAGCAACGGCCUUCGAGAUAGCAUGCCGCGCUGGCUGGCAACAAUGCAGCCAGUCACAGUACCGCUUAUACCAGUAGAUAGUGCGCUACAUAUUGGGUACCUUAUCCCCCUCGCUUCUCGGUUGAGCCUGCACGGCAAGCAGCCAGCGAUACGCACAGCGGCAGCGGAAGUCCUGCACUGGUGCGCCAUGUGGGUGCUCUGUAAGAGGGUGAGUCACUGGUACAGCGCUGUCUUUUCCCCAUUGCUGUCCCUUGCUUCUCUAGCCAGCAGCAGCAGCAGCACAGGGGGUAGUAGUGGCGGCGAUGACAACAGUGGUAGCGCGGUGCAUCAGGAGCUGCAUAGAUUACUGAUGCAAACAGCGCGGUGGUUUGGUAGGCCAGCGGGUACCCCCCAAGAGGCGGAGUCGUUUGUGCUCGUACUGUUGCACGGGCUUGGUGAGCGAGAAGUGAGGCAGCGACAGGUUGCGAUGGAGGCCCUUUUUGCAUAUGCCAUACCACCCACAGAUGAGCCGCAAACGGCGACACCUCAUUUUCUAGCUGUGAUCAGGCAGCUGACAAUGAUAGAGUGUGGCGCAUCGGAGUGGUCGCGAUUGGGGGCAGCUCAGUGUGUGCAUGGCAUGGUGCGCUCCCUGUACAAAGCGAAGGUACCAGGGCUGGGGCGCACAGUGCAGGCGGUGGUGCAAGGUGCCUUGGGCUGUCUGCGACGCUGCACGGAGGUCCCUCUAUGGGGGGCGAUGGAGACCGCCACGUGCAACGAAGUACAAGAGGCGCUCCGCUGCGUGGGAGCCUACUGUCGCGAUAUCCGCAAACUGGGAAGCGAAGAGGACUCGAGGGGAGCGGAUCAAGGCGCAGCAUAUCUUGUACACGCUGCGCCUGCGGUGCUGCCAGCGUUGGUGCAACGACACAUCGCCUGCGCCAUCACACUGCUGCAGGCGCUGCCUGCAGUCACGCACAUGAGCGGCAACGUGCACCAGGUGUCGUCGCUUUCUCAGCAAGUAGUCCGUGAGCAGCGGCAGCGGAUGUGCCCCGCCGCAGUUAAGUCACUCGACAGCGUGGUUGACGGGUGCGCCGCCCUUGUAGCGCUCCUUCAGAGUGGAUGUUUCGCCGGGUGGAGCGAAAGGGCGACCGUCGAAGCGGCACCCCCCGUUAUCUCUGCGCGGGCGGAGGACUACUCUCUCGAUCCAGAGUUGCUUCACCUGCUGACGGCCGUGCUUCAAGCCAUCGUCGAAGAGGCACGCGUGGCGACGCACGAAGGCAGAUGCGUUUCGCCGCGCCUCAUACGGUGGCUGCUAGAACUCGUGGACGUGAUGCCGGUGCAGACGCACACCACGCAUUUCUCUCAGCUUUUCACGCCUACUGUAAUAGCGCAGGCUGUUCGCGUGAUGGUGGUGGGAGCUAAAGUAACCAUGGGACAGUGGGCAGGAGACGACGGCGAAGGUGAGGCUUUUGGCGCGCCGCUUCGCCGAUGUACACCCUCCUCGCGGCUCUCGACAACGGCGCGACUGGGCCUGGAACUCAUUCAGCUUGUAAUGCGCGUCGUUAACCAAAGGCGUCAUGGUGAACAGGUGGUUGAGGAAGUACUCUGCGCCAUCCAGGGUACUAGUGUGUUUGAUGUGUUCACCGCAGCCUCGCCUGCCAGCCGACUUAUCGAUGCGUUGAGAAUGGGCCCGACAGCGCUCGUUACUGAGCCGGUGGCCCUCGCAGCCGCACUUUGCCAGAUGGAGACCUCUUAUGCCUCCGCCUUCACAACGCUGUGGAUGCUCAUAGCUGAUUCAAUGAAGAUAUCGCCCAACGUGGUUGUAAAAAUGCUGCUGGCAUUACUGCAAAACUCCGACGCCCUCAACAGUGCAGGUGGAGAAGGGGUAUGCGAGGGACUGUUCGUACUUUUCUUCAGUGAGGCUGACCCUGCACUCCUUUGCCAGCACCUACGCACCCUGCUUGCUUCCGACGUGGUGCAGCACAACAGCUCCUUCACGAGCCCCUUGUUCUCUGUCAGCCUCGACGACGAUGACGGUGCGGUUGCUGUGGUAUCCUCAUCCAAAUCAAGCUCGGCAGCGCUGGGCCGCGCUUUCAGCAGUACCAUGGCGCGGUGCUGGCAGCAAGCAAGUGCUACGCUACCCACAGACCGUCUCGUAUCUGCGUUGCCAUCCUUGACGAGAGUCCUGAUGUCAGAAGCUGCCUGUCGAGGUCCAAGCGAGGCACUCUUCCUCUUCAGCUUGGUUAGGGACUGGCUCGCGGAACUGCAGCAGCGCUCGCUAACAUCCGAGCAUGACAAGGUACUCUGCCUUGUCUGCGCGGAUAUGGUUGCAGCGGAACAAGAAAUGCGAAAGAGCUCGAUGACGGAGGGGCAAGACGACGAUCGCGGAGUCGCUCGGCUCGCAGCUUUGCUGAUGCUUGUACGGCUUACAGGCCCUGGCAUUCGCACAGUUCCGACUCUAAGCGGCGCUCUUUGCAAUCUUGUUCUGUGCGUCAGCCAGCCUACCAACAUUUACGCCCUCCUGGCAAGUACUGAUGCGACAAACCGCGUUGUAUGGGGCUUUCACAUGCUUGCGGCAAUUCUGACGCCGCGCCCCGCGCAUCGCUCCUUGGCGGUUUUCCCCGUGGACCUGCGGGCUGUGGAAGUGGCGCUGGGCCUUCUCAGCGAGGUGCUCAACAAUGCACUGCCGCUGCGGUGGACAGAGCUGAAGACACCGCUGGAAAAGGUGAAUGGUGCCAAGGUGGCCCGUUCAGGGACAGCGCUUUUCGCGGCGGUGCUGCCCUACAAAGUGGAGGUGCUCGAGGUGAUUGCCCCUCUCCUCGCAAAGGAGUCUAUGCCACAGCGCGGCACUAUUGUUCGCCACGUGCAUAGGGCGCUUCAGACACUGAGCACUUGCAAUCAAGCGCUACAGCUGGACGCGUUCAGCUGCGCUUUCCGCUUGCUGCGCGAUCAGCGCACACACCCUCGAAUCUGCGACGCCCUCACAGACCACGUUCUUCUUCCACUCCUGCACGCCUCCGCUGAGGCGGUGCGACUGCAACUCUUCGAGGCAGAGGUUUGCAACUGGGUAACGGAGGCCGGCAGAGCACCCACGCCUGGAUGCCUCUAUGUACAGACGGCGGCUCUCUCUUGCCUGGAGCUGAUGCAUCGUCUCUGCCCUCUCUCUGACUUGCGAGGAUCGAUUAACAAAGUGUUCACCUGCCGAAAUCCAAAUACAACCGGGGAGGAGCUCACGCUGGAGAUUCUGAAGGCGUGUCGCGAGGCAUGGCAGCGACCGAACACCAAUGGUGACAAUAGCGCUGGGGAGACUGACAGUGGCAUUGGCGAUAGCACGCACGCGGACGCUCUGCGUCGAUACCGUCAGGCCGCGUUCCGGUGCCUUCUCGCGACGCUUUCGAAAACUCAGCAAGCGGAGAAGGUCUUCUGUGAGUACCUUUUUCAAGAGUGCUGCGUUGCGCAGUGGAACGUACUCUUCCUCGUGAAGAAGCGGGACGUCGUCGUGACGAGCUCGCUGGACGCGGAGGGGGAGGUGCUAGCGCAGGGAGGCGGUGUCGACCCGCACGAAGUGCAACUAUGGCGGGACAUGAACAACUGUCAACUUUCAGAGCUCUUCGCGCAUCUUAUUCGGCACUUUCCUUCAUCUUUGGUGGUGCAGGGCGAGCCACCGGAGUGGGUCCGUCACUUUGUUGCCAUUGUGCAGCACCCACAGGUGUGCCUGUCCGUCAAAAAGCUCUUUUACGAGUGUAUCUGCCGUAACGAACGCUUCUUGGGCACCUUCGCACGGCGCAUCUUCGACGGCGUCGCCGACUCCGUGGCCGCAGUGGCGCCCUCGGAACGGGCAGGGCCGGUCGUCUGGGAACUUCUCGCUGUUCUAACCAGAUGGCACCGCGAAGGAGGGUCGGGAGCCUUAGAGGUGGGUAGCCCUGCAUACCUGAAAGCGCUCGCCCGGUAUGCUGCCUUUCACCUGGCAUGGGAACACGCCUUCACUGCACGGGAGGGAAGCCGACCACUCGACCUCACUUCUCACAAGAGGCUUGCGGAGCUGCUGGAGCAAAUCCGUCGGACACAAGGCGCAGCACCCGCCAGCGUGUCUUCGCCGCCGCUCACUUCCGAAGAGGUGAAGACGCUCCUCUCACACCCUGGGUACGACCGCCGCGCCUCCUUGGAAGUGAUUUAUCUGGUCACAAACCUGUGCGGGUGUCUCGGCUGCACCGGCGACAGCCAGGAGGUGGUGGAGGUAUACAGUUUGCUUGGCGCUUUUCUGGAUGUCUCGGCGUCACCCCAGCUGCACCGCAUCGCGGCACGACUUGUAGGCCUUGAAUACCGUCUACUGAGCGAAGCUGACACCCGGGAGCCGUCCUCUGCGGUCAGAAAGCUCCUUCGUGACGCACUAAAGGACACCGUAUGCCCAAUUCUGGUUUCAUACGAAUCAGACAAGAAAUUUCUGGAUGUGCUCGAGGCGAUGCAGGAGGACCGAAGUGGCGACUUGGUGUACCAGCUGCUCAGCCAUACGGACCUGCUGCAUCGAUACAACACUCGGAAGGACUCAGAAAAACUGCUCAUCUUGCGCAUCUUGGCACACGCCGGCACCUACGUCGCCGACAACUACGACUCCAUUCACAUGCACUUGUCUGGGCAGCUAUGUGGCACUAACAGCAACCUUCUGCUGGGCGUCUGCACAGUUAUGAGGAACUCCUUACCGCAUUUGUCGAUGGAGUCGGUGCGCCACUUUCUGCGUGACUUCUGCUGUCUCAGCGCCUUGCAAGCGCUAGAGUCAGUGGAGCAGACGCGUGUUGCCUUCUAUGCGAUGGGCUUGGCUGCCUUACAGCGGUGGGCGGUGAUGAGAGGAGACCAGGAGAAGCAGGACGAUGGCGACAGCGUCAGCGCAGAUGUUGAGGCAUUCUUGGUGCAUCGUGGGCUCCGCGACUCCUCUCCUGCGGUUCAGGGUAUGGUGCUGGCGUACCUUGAUGUCCACGCCCCGAACGUACCAGACACGAUGUGGGGGCGUCUCACGUAUCUUAUCACAGCCGAGGACGGGGCCAACGGAGACGGCGACAGUGGCAGUGGGGGGUGGGUGCGGCAUUCCGCCCUCCUACUUCUCUCUCUGUCAAAGCGGUCGCACAACUCUGCCAAUAACACCUUCUCGUUCACCGAAGCUUUGCGGUCGGAAGGGACGUCUCCGACACUGACGGCGACAGCAACUACUGUGGUGGAAAGCUCCGGUGCGCGGAGGGAUCCCAGGAACGUGCCUCUUUUCUUCCAAACAGUGCGGUACGGUGAUCCUUCGGGUGCGGUGACAGCGAACGCUGCAUGCUUGAUUACCACUGCACUCUCCCAGAUUUUCGUGCCAUCGACUCUGAUACCCCAGCCACCACAGCAGCAGCAGCAGCCUCUGUCGGAUGCAAGGCGACCUGAUGCCGCGCUGCGCACCAACGCCACCGUGGCGCCGUGGCGCGGUGCUGGAACAGUUUCCACAUCCACUGUAGCCCAAUCUUGGCUGCGCAUGGAUAGCAGCGACUCUGAGCAAGACGACGCUGGGACAUCGGCCAGGGUGAUGGCGUCCCGGCAAAUCUCUGAAACGAUGCGGCUACGCACUGCACAUGGCGCCGCACUUCGAGAUGGUCGCGCGGUGCUCAACACACCAUCCACAGCGCCCCUCCUUGAAAGCCAUACGGCGGAACGCUUCCCGGAGGUGCGGCUGGUACUGAAGUCGCUGCUGGCGCCGCUGCAAAUAUUGUGUCUCCAUGAAGAUGCGGUGGCCGCCCGUGUGCUCAUUGACCUCAUCAGCAACGCCGCUAUCGCACCCUCGACCACCAGCGAGUUGCCACGCACAGCCUCUCUUUCUAGUGCCCUCACUUCCCUCUUCUCUGCAUUUGAAAGCGGGGCGACGAGCAGGCAGUGCGAGCAUGCCAAGAACCCCCUCAACCUCUUCGUUGCGCUAGAACUACUGUUGCAUGCGCAGGCUGCCUGCGGGUUUCCAUUCGAGAGCCUGGACUGCGCAGCUCUAGUGCGCCUCACGAACGACGCUCAGGCGCGUGGCGGUAGGGUGCCAACAGCACCCCUGCCCGUUGCGGACGGCACAGCGCACGUCGUGGAGAAAUUGUUGUCGUCGCUGGUACCGUCGACAACGCAAGGGGCGCCUAGAAGACUCUCUGUUUCAUUUCCUGCAUCGAUGUGGCAUGCCUAUCACGUGGCGCAGCGACUGCGUCGAUGCGAUGACGUGGCAUUCCAGUCGGCUCUGCGUCUGUUCAGGGCUACGAGGGGGCAUGGAGCACAAGUCAGUCAGUUGCAGGGUGUUCUGGAUGCCAUGGAGGCGGGCGGGGCAGCCUACUCGGUGCGCCUCAUUGGAAAACUCUUGGAAGAUGAAAAAGAAGCAGCAGCAGUCCCAACUGUAGCGUCCCCUGCGACGCACGCGAACGGUGAAUCCCCCGCCUUGUUCGCUGCCCGGGAGGAAGUACUACGCCACUACCGCAGUCGUGCCUCACAGCUGCUGCUGGAUUGGGGUGGCGCCGCGUCGACUUUGCAGCCUGCAGCGCCUGAGUGGGCAGGAGAAAGCGAGGAAGCAAGCGCUGAGGGCGUGCGCUUCCGCUUACGCGCGCAGCUACAGCUGAUGUGCGACAGGACUGCCUCUGCAGCGACAGUGAGGGCAUCUAUGGCGUUGCAACACCGCACGGGGUUUGAGUGGGGUGCGUGUCUCAUGGCAGAUGGACUGUGGUUGGAUUGUCAGCGUCACGUAGAGGCCUCUGUUGACCAUCUGCUUAGAAGCACCGCUUCUCUUUCUGACGGCGACGGCAUCUCGCAAACCCGCUGUUACAUCGCCGCCAAUGCUCUCUCGCAGUUGGCAGAUGCGGCGCAGGUACUGCGAGAGGCCUCCACAAGCGCCGUGGGCAGUGCCAAAGCGGCGCUUCAAACUUACCUCGAUACGAUGCCAACAUCGGUACCCAUUGGCGACGCAUAUGGCCCACUGUUUAUUGACGACGUUCUUCUCAUCCGCAAGCUAGUCAUUGACUAUCAUGUCCAACGGAAGGGUGAUCUCGCGAACACAUUGCAGCUCACGGACGACGAACGCCACAAGCUUGUUGCACGGGCUCACGAGCUGCUUGGUACAUGGACGGUGCAGCAGUGUGCAGAACUACUCCUUCUCCCAGCGAAAACGAGUGCCAUCGAGACUAUAGCGUCCAACGCAAACCACAGCACACUUUCCGAGCAGACACGCUGCGCCCUGGAUCUUCUCGGGAAGCGGAGUAGCCUCUUUCGUAUUGCAGCUAUGUCAGGCAAAGUGAGUGGCGUACCACAAGAAGAGGCCUUUGCCGCGUUCCAGCAGAUGACGCGAAAAGACAUGCAGCAGCAUGCAGCUUUGGGGCUGUUGUCUCCCACGGCGCUGCGGCAGUGGGCCGCCGACGUUGCGCAGUGUGAAGUAGAGAUGUUCACCUCCAUCGGCGGCAUCUUAAGCGGCUCGACCGAGUCGACAACCUUGGCACAGAAAAGAGAGACGUGGGUGGCGCCGCUCAAGGACAACCUGCAGGACGCGAUACCGUCCCACAUGACCCUGCUCAGUGCGCUAGAGAAACUGCUGCCGCCUGUGUUGCACGGCGCCUGCACACUUGCCGCCAUGUCUGGAGAUGCGACGGAUACCGAGCACGUGUACUCCAUAACAGCCGCGACGCGAUCGCUUUGGCAGCUCUACGCCAACACAUUUCUGUGGUGUGCACAGGCAACUGGUGACCGCAGCGUGGAAACCGAUGGUGGUGGACAGCUUCCGGUCUCAGCACGAGUGCCGCAGCUGCUCUCGCUCUUUGCCCUCCCACCAAUGCCCGAAGCCGAAGCGCAAGCUCAGUGGCACAAUACAUGGGAGGCCCUGGUUCAACUGCCCGCACAGGUGUGGCUCCCAUGGGCAACCCUUCUUAUCACUACGCUACUAAAGACAGAGCACACCGUUCUUGCCCGAAUUCUCCUGCGCCUCUGUCGCGAGCAUGGGCAGGUGCUCUACUACCCUAUCAACUGUGCAUGGGGUAGUCUCGCCGAUCUGGGAAAAUGUCGCGCCACCCGCCGCACCAUCGACAGUGGCCUGGCACGUGAACUUGCAGAGCUGAACGAGUGGCACAGGGGCCACAGGAUGGCCCUUGUUGCCGAGUUCGCCGCCGCCCUUGAUGAACUCGUGGAGCCCCAGCAUCGUCUGGAAAUUCGAUUGAGCGAGGUUGAACUCCUCGUGAAGCAGCACGAGCAGUGCGUACGCGGCGGCGGCGGCGGCGUGCAGACAGGGUAUCUCAUGGAAGCACGGCAGCUAUACGAGCGCUGCAAAGAGACCCUGAUGGACCCAGCACGCUGGGGGUGGGACCAACUCUACCACCGCCGCGCCGCGCAGGUGUUGCAGGAACUCGAUCGCCGGAACACGUUUUGCACAGAAGUGCUCCGGUCAGAAAAGCGAUUCAGCAGCGCAAAGAGGGAGGCCCUUCGCCAGGUAACGAUAGCGCUGAACACCCUCCCCACGAGCGUGGCAGAUAGCGCCACCGGGUCACAGGAGCUGACACUGUACUCGGAGCGACUCCCACGCGUCCUGCGGUGCAGCGCCAUGGCCAUGUCCACUACUACUGCUACUCUCCAGCUGGGCUGCACCAGCGAGGCAGCCGAGCCGAUCCUACACCCAGUUCAACCGACACAUCUCCUCCACACACCGCAGGAGGCAACCCAGCAGUGCCGCACACUCAUUGGCGUAGCGGACCAGGUGUUCGUGCUCAAGUCGAAACGGUCGCCGAAGAAGGUGGACAUCUACACUUCCACCGGAAGCUGCACAUACAUGGUCAAAGGCGGCAAGGACCUCCGGCUAGACCAGCGCAUCCAGGAGGUUUUCACAUUCGCGAAUCUGUGUCUUCUCGCGUCUCCACAUACUCGGCUGUCGGCGUUGAUGAUCCGCACAUAUGCCGUCAUCCCCGCCUCGCCGUUUGUGGCACUCGUUGCCUGGGUACCCAAGACUGCCUCGCUGCAGGAGCUGAUGAAGGAAGCUACACCACCAGAUGCGCGCGAGGCGGUGGCCCGCUUCUGCCGAACACGCGGAAAGCCACAGGACAUCCUUGCUCUCUAUAAAAGCGCCCAUAUCACCAGGAGCCCAGAACAAGAGUACACAGAUCUUGUGCUAUGUCUGCGCCAGUCGGCCCUUGUAGAGUCGCUCGAAAGUAUCGCCCCUGACUACUGUUCUUGGUUUGGCGUACGAGACGCCUUCUUGAACACGAAUGCCGCCGCCUCCACGGUGUCUUUUGUGCUGGGUGUUGGGGGCCGCCACACUGACACUUUGAUGGUGGACCUCCUGAGCUGUGAGCUGGUCGCCAUGAACUUCGGCUUGGCGUUUGGCGACGCAACACGCAAGCUGCCGGUGCCGGAGCUGGUGCCUUUUCGGCACACGCCCCAGCUACAGCGAGUGCAAGGGGUGUUGGGUAACGAUGUCACGCGCUGCCGCAUGCGCCGCGUCUUGCACGUCUUGCGCACCGAGCGACACACUAUCGAGGGAAUGGUCGCUGCGCUCCUAAUGCCCGAUGCAGACGCGAUAGGCGACGAGGCAAGUUGCAUCGCUGCGCACCAGCUUGACCUAGUGCGCCGCAAGCUCCACCUCGAGAACCCCGCCGACAUUAUUUUGCGCGAUGUUGCACGCAACGCGUACGUGACGCAAGACAAGGACGUGUGGAGUGGAAUCAAGAUGUGCCUCUUUGAGAGGACACAAGGCAACAGCGAAGAGGACGACGACCUCGCGGAGACAGCACUCUCGACGCCUCAACAGGAAGAUGUGUUUGUGCAGCGACUGCUGCGCAUCGCGUCUGACUCGCGCGUACUUGCUCGUGCCGAUGCAGGGUGGCAGGCGUACCUGUAG